AUGUUCAAAGUUUUGAUCUUCGUCGCUCUCCUAGCUUUCGCUACAGCGAAACCUCUGUUGUAUAGCUACACUGCUCCAAUGGCAGCAGCGUACACCGCACCAGUAGCAGCUGCCUACACCGCACCCGUCGCAUACUCGGCAUACAGCGCCUACACGCCCGUCGCCUACUCCGCUUACACUUACGCCUCGCCUUAUGCCUACUAUAUUUAA